UACUAUCAUGACAGAGUCUGCCACGUCAGCCACUACUACAACUCGUCUCGCAACUGAAACUAUCGAUUUGGCUGCUGUUAUCACUAGCAUAAUUGAGAUAACCUCUUUCACUGUGAAUACGAUUUCAACAAACGCAGAGAGUAUACACUCAACUGCUGCUGCCAACACUGAAACUAUCGCAUCAACAGGUGAUAGUCGUCGAACAACCACUGAUACUACCAGUUCAGCAACUGAUACGACUAAUCUCACGACAGAGCCUGCGACUUCAGUCACUGCUACAACUCUUGUCGCAAAUGAAACGAUUAAUUCGGCUGCUGUUAUCACUAGCAUAAUUGAGAUAACCUCUUUCACUGAAAAUACUAUUUCUACAAACGCUGAAAGUACACCUUCAACUGCUGCUGCUAUGACUGGAACUAUUGCAUCAACAAGCAAUAAUCGUCCAACAACCACUGAAGCUACCAGUUCAACAACUGAUACGACUACGAUCACAACAGAGCCUCCCACGUCAGCAACUAGCACAACUAUUGCUACGCCUCAAACUAUUGAUUCAACUGCUGUCUUUGCGAGCAUCACUGGGAUAAGUUCUUCCACUGCGAAUACGAUUUCUACAAACGCUGAAAAUACACAUUUUACCGCUGAUACGACUUCUGAAGAAAAAAGAACUGCCAUAUCAACAAGCGAUACUCUUCCUAGCAUCAAUGAAGCUACGAGUUCAACAACUGAUACGACUAGGAUCAUGACAGAGUCUGCUAGUUCAACCACUAGUACAACUCUUCCCGCAACUUACACUAUCGAUUCAGCUGCUGUUAUUACCAACAUCUAUGAGAUAAGGUCUUCCACUACUAAUACGAUUUCUACAAAUGCUGAAAGUACAUCUUCAACCGCUGAUAGUACUUCUGAGAAAACAAGAACUCUCACAUCAGUAAUCGAUACUCUUUCUUCAACGAAUGACGCUACCAGUUCAAUAACUGAUACGACUACUAUCACGACAGAGUCUGCCAUUUAUAGCAUUAGUGCAACUAUUGCCGAAACGGAAACUGUCGAUUCGGCUGCUCAUCUGAGCAGUAUCAUUGAGACAAGCACUUCCACGACGAAUAUGAUUUCUACAAACCCUGAGAGUGUAUCGUCAACCGGUGAUACUACUGCUACGAACACUGAAACUACCGCAUCAACAAGCGAUAUUCGUGGAACAAUCACUGAAGCUAUCAGUUCAACAACUGAUCCGACUGCUAUCAUGACAGAGUCUGCCAUUUCAGUCACUAGUACAAGUAUGGCCACUACUGAAACAACCGAUUCCGGUGCUCAUCUCAGCAUUAGCAUUGAGAUAAGCACUUCCACCACGAAUAUGAUAUCUACAAACGCUAAGAGUACACUGUUAAGCGCUUAUACUACUGGUGCCAACACCGAAACUGCCUCAUCAACAGGUGAUACUCGUCGAACAACUACUGUAACUAUCAGUUCAACAACUGAUGCGACUACUAUCACGUCCGAGUUUGCCACUGCAGCCACUAGUACAACUCUUGCCGUACCUGAAACUAUCGAUUCGGCUGGUGUUACCGCCAGCAUCAUUGAGAUUAGCACUUCCACUACGAAUACGAUCUCCACAAACACGGAAAGUAGUACUUCAUCCGCGGACUCUUCUGAUACGUAUAGUGAAGGUGCCACAUCCACUACUAGUAUUUCUUUUAGAACCAUUGAAACCACUAAUUCAACAACUGAGAUCAGUAUUAUCUACAUUCAAGCUAAUACUUCAACUGAUGCUGCUAAUACUACCAUCACUGAAAAGAUGAGUCCCACGACUGAUAUCAUUACUAUUUUAACUGGGACUUCCAGUUCGUCAACUAGUUCGGCUACAAGCACCAAUGGAAUCAGUAGCUCAUUCGUUACAAGCAGUUAUACCACUGAAAUUAAGGAUACUGGUACUUCUAUGAACGAAAUCAGCAGUGCACUUGCUGCUAGUAGUACUCCCAUCAUGGAUGCCACUACUGCUACUAGUGAAGCGACGGUAUCGACUGUUGCUAGUGCUGCUACCAUCAUUGAGUCGACGACGUCAACAAGUGCAACCACUAUCAUCACAUCUGAAUCUCCUAUUUCGAUUACUGCUCCCACGUUGAUUAUCGCAGUAUCUACUAAUACAACUACUGAUACAACAACACCUAACACGGAAUCUGGAACUUCAAUUGCUAGCAUUACUGCUAUCAUCAUUGAAUCUACUGUUUUAGGAACUAAAACGAAUCCUACCAGGACUGGAACUAUUAUUCCAACUAUUUAUUCUGCUACUACCAUAGCUGAAAGUACUAGUUCAAGUACUAACGCCACUUCAAUCAUGAGAGAAACUACAAGCUCGAGUGCUAAUACAAAUACUGUUGCUUUUGGGGCUACAUCUGCAACUAGUGUCAAAACUAUGACCAUCACUAAAAGCAUGCAUCCAGCAACAGAUACCACUACCAUUGAUGAAACCAUACGUUCCGAUGCUUCUGCCACUGCCCUUACGAAAUCAAGCAGUUCUAUCAGUGAUAUGCCAACCGUAGCCAGUGAAAACGUCAGUUCAACUGCUCCUAGUGUUGCUGUCAAUGCUGAUUAUACCAGUUCAAGUACUCUUGCGAGCACUACCAUCAUUGCCAGUAUAACCGCAAACACAGACUCUACCAGCGAGAACGCUGAAACGAUCACACCAACUAUGACAACAAAUACUAACAGUUAUGAAACUACCACUUCAUUUGCUGCUACUAGUAUUGCCAGCAUUGAGUCUAACAUUUCAGUAGCCGAUACGAAUAUUGCACCUACCGACUCUAGCACUUCAAGUACUAUCGCUCCAACGACCCGUAGUGGUGCUAGCAGUACUGAAAGUACGAUGUCAACCACUGAGUCCACUGCUGUGACCACCGACGCCAUCAACACCUUCAAGGAAAGAAACUUUACCAUCAAUGACACUGAAACUAGCACGCGUUUUGAUUCUACCAUCAUAACGGAAAUCGCUGUUAUCAUAACUGAAACUGAUGUUUCAACUACUGAUACGAUUAUGGGUUCUGAUGAAAGUUUAAUCCCAAAAACUAACACUAUGACUGCUACCAGUGAGACUGCCACGUCAGCCACUGAUGCUAGCAGUAUGAUCUUUGAGACUACCACAACUUCCAAAGAAACAACAAUGACUACUGGGAUUACAGCUACUCCUACUGCAACCACGACUGAACCUAGCCUUUCAUCUAUUGACGGUAUAACAAUAGUACUCGAAACAGCUACUUCAACUUCUGCUACGACUAUUACGACUGUUGAAAAUGGUACUUCAACUAUCGUUGCUACAACUACCAACACUGCUGAAACUGCACAUUCCACCACGGAUACUACUACAACCACUGAAAAUACUAUCUCAUUUAUUGGCAUGACAUGGACCCAGAGUGAAAUUAUACCUGCAACCGAUAGCAUCGCAGAUACCAGCACUGAAACUACAACUUCAACUAUUAACGAAAUUACUGUCACCGGUAAAACAGCAAUUUCAAUAACUGAUAGUAGUACUACAACAACUGAAGCUAACACCUCAAUUCCUGAUACCACUAUAACCGCCAAUGGCAAUAUAAGCUCGACUACUGGCACUAAGAAUUCAAACGGUGAAAGUGCCACGUCAUUCACUGAUACUGUCAGCAUUGGCUAUGAGAGCACGACUACCUCCAAGGAAACCACAUUGAUGCCCAUGGGAAUUACUUCUACUAUCACUAAUGCAACUAUAACCGUCAUGAAAAGCGCUGCAGCCAUGACUGAACCUAGCAUAUCAUCCUAUGAUGCUAUAACAAUCAUACUGGAAUCACUUACCUCAACCACUGCUACGACUACUAUACUAAUUAAAAAUGACUCAGCAGCUAGUUCCCAUUCAACCAUCAACACUGAAACUACAUAUUCAACUAUGGGUCAUACAACUAUCGCUGGAAGUAGCAUUUCAAAUAGUAAUACUGUUACUACGAUCACUGCAACUAGCAUUUCAUCUACUGAUACUGUAACAAUCAUACCCCAAACAGUCACUUCAACCACUGCUGCGACUACUAUGACUGGGGAAAAUGGCAAUUCAUCUAUUUUCGAUGCCAUUAUCAACACUCAAACUACAGCUCUAACUACAGGCACUACUACUGUUGCUACAAGUAGCAUCUCAGAUAGUGAUACUACUACUGCAAAAGCAGAUGAUACUAGCAGCUCAUCUUACAAUGCGCAAUCAAUCAUACUUGAAGCAGCUCCUUCAACCGCUGCUACGACUGCCACAUCUGAAAGACAUGACACUUCAGUUAUUUCUGACACAACUGUCGACACUGAGACUACACCUUCAACCAUGCGCGAUACAACAACCGCUGAAAGUAGAAUUUUGGAUAGUAAUAUUACUAUCACAACAACCAGCGAAACCAGCAUCUCAUCUGAUGAUGCUAUAACAAUCAUAAUCGAAACAGCUGCCUCAACCGCUUUUACAACUUCUAUGCCUGUUAAAAAUGGCACUUCAGCAAUUUAUGAUGCAAGCAUCAACACUGCAACUACAUUGUCAACUUGGACCGCUGCUACUACCCCUGGACGUGGCAUUUCGGAUAGUGAUGCUGCUACUACAACCACUACUCAAACUAGCUUUUCAUCUGAUGAUGCUAUAACUAUCAUACUGGAAAGAGCAACUUCAAAGGCUGCCACGACUACUAUGCCUAUUGAAAAGAGCAAUUCAGCUGUUUCCGACCCAGGUAUCAACACUGAAAAUAUAUAUUCAGCUCUGGACACUACGACUAUCGCUGAAACGAGUAUUUCGCAUAGUGAUACUACUACUACAACAACCACAGAACCUAGCAUUUCAACUAUUGAUGGUGUAACAGUCAUACUCGAAACAACUACUUCAACGACUGCUACGAUUACUAAGUCUAUUGGUAAUGGCACUUCAUCUAUUGUCGGUACAACUACAAUACACACUGAAAUUACAUCUUCGACCACGCAUACUACUACAAACACUGAAAGCACCAUCUCAGUUUUUGGCUGGAUGUGGACCGGCAGUGAUACUACAGCUGCAAUUGAUAACACUACAGACAGCAGCACUGAAGCUAGGAUUUCAACUAUUAAUGAGGAUACUGUCACGAGUGAAACACCACCUUCAAUAACUGACAGUAGUAGUACAACAACUGAAAGUAGCAGUGCAAUUCCAGAUACCACUAUGACCGUCAAUGAAAAUGUAAGUCCAUCUACUGGCAGUAACAAUUCACCCAGUGGAAGUACCGCUUCAUCCACUAAUACUAUCAGUAUGACCUUUGAGAGCAUGACUACCCCCACAGAAACAACAAUAAUGACCAGGGGAACCAUAUCUACUGCCAAUGAUACAACUGCAACGGUCACGAAAACUACUAUAACAACCACUGAAGCUAGUAUUCCAUCAAUGGAUGGUAUAACAAUCAUACUCGAAACAACCAGUCGAAUGGCUGCUACAACUAGUAUGCCUAUCGAAAAUGGCACUUCAGCUAUUGUUGCUACAACUACGGAUAGUAGCACUACGAUUAUUCAAAAUACUACUUUAACUACUCAUGCUACAACGAUUGCUGAAGCAACUUUGAGCAUUGGUAUUACUGCUGCCAGAAUUGAAACUACGGCCACCUCUAUAAACAGAAAAGCAACCGCCAUAGAAACUGCGAAUCUCACCACUACUAUCACUCCAACGAUUACAGACACAACUAGUAUAACCAAUGAAACUAGCAGUUCAAUUUUCAUUACAAGUGCCACCGCUACUGAGACUAUGACUCCACCCACCGAAGCUAUCAUCAGCUCGGCUGCUGAAAUUACUAGUACGAGUAGUGUAACUGCGACCAAUCUGAAUAAAACGAAUGUAAGCACCAUUAGAACUGCAAGUACCGCUACUGUCACUACAGGAAGCAUCACAGAAGGCACUGCUAGCACCAUUGAAACAAGAAUUUUGACUGGUAGUGCGACUGCUGGCAUCGAUCAAGCUUCAACUUCAACUACCGUCAAUAAUAUCAUCGCCACUAAAACGGUCACUUCAGUGACUGAUACGAGUAGUAUCACCAGUGGCAUAGGCACUUCAACUGCUGCUAUGACCAACAAAUUUAUUACUUCAACUUAUGGCAGUGAUACUAUCGUCGCUGAAACUACUAGGUCAACGAUCGUACCUCGUAGUUGGACCAUGGAAGCUAACAUAUCCCCUAGUGAGGGUACUGGUAGAACAAAUGAAGUCAUUGCUUCUGUGGCUGGUACGACAAGCGCCGCAAAUGAAAUUACAACUUCCACUACUGAUUCUACUUUUACCAUUACUGAAGCUACCCUCUUAGCCGCUGAUAAGACGAUAGCCAACACUGUAAGAAAUACAUUAUCUGCUACUGCAAAUGAUAUUUCAAUUAAAAGUGCCACUUCAACGAUGGUCACUACUAUUAUGGCUGAUGAAACCAACGUUUUCACUACUAUCACAACUACUUCGAUCACUGAAACAUCAACUUCAACGAUUGACAAUAUCACGCUCACCACUAGCGGAACUAUCACUGCAGUCACUCAAGGUGUCAGUUCGGCUGCUGAUAUUUCCACUAGGAGUAAUGAAACCACGACCAAUCUGAAUGAAACGACUACAAGCACCAUUAGGACUCCAAAUACUGUCACUGACACUACAGGAAGCAUCAUAGAAAGCACUGCUAGUACCAUGGGAAUAAGAAUUUCGACUGUUAGUGUGACUGCUGGCCUCGAUCAGACUACAAUUUCAGCUACUGUCAAUAGUAUUAGCACCGCUAAAACGACCAGUAUAGUGACUGAUACGAGUAGUAUCACCAGUGAAAUAGGCACUUCAACUGCUGGUAUCACAACCGAAUCUAACACUUCAACAUAUGACAGUGAUACUACUGUCACUGAAACAGCCAAGUCAAUGAUUGUGGCUAGUACUUGGAUCCCGGAAGCUACCACUUUGCCCAGUGAGAGUACUGAUAUCACAAGUGAAGCCAUUACUUUCAGUACCGAUACGGCUACCGCCACAAGGGAAACUAUUAUUAUCACUACUGAGGCAAUGAUUAACCUAACAGAAACUAUAACUUCCACUACUGAUCCUACUUCUACCAUUAUUGAAAUGAGCACUUUAGCCGUUGAUAAGACAAUAGCCAACACUGUCAUAAGUACAUCAUAUGCUGGUGGUAGUAAUAUCUCAAUGGAAACUACCACUUCAAUGACUGACACUACUUUUGUGGCUUCCGAAUUCAAUAUUUUCACUACUAUAACAACUACUUUGAUUGUUGAAACUGUGACCUAUAGCAGUGCUACAAAUUCUGGUGCUGCUGAAGAUGCCACAUUAAGUUCUGCUACUACUGCUACCGCCGCUGAACCGAGUACUUCAGCCACUCAGAGCACUUUUAUCACAGCUGAGACUACCCUGUUAAGGGCUACUACUAUGUCAACUACGGAGACGAGCACUUACUACAGUGAAAACACGACUUCAACUGCUGGCACCACUUUUAUCACCGUAGAAACUAAGACUCCAAUAACUGUUUCUACUGAUACCACAACAGAAAUGAUGACUGCACAAGAUGAUAAGACAACUAUGCCUCGCGAAACUACCACUUCAACAACUAUAGAUACAACCAUCAGCACCAUCGAAACAACGUCUUUGACAACUGAUUCUACUACUAUCAUCACGGAAACGGCAGUAGCGACUACUGAAAGUACGACGACGACAACAACAACCACAACUACAACGACAACGACAACAACGACAACGACAACAACUACAACAACAACUACUACAACAACAACUACUACAACAACAACAACAACAACAACUACAACAACAACAACAACUACUACAACUACUACAACAACUACUACAACAACAACAACAACUACAACAACAACAACUACUACAACAACAACAACUACUACAACAACAACAACUACAACGAUCAGUUUACCAGCUUUCUUGGACGUCCAAUCUGGCACUAUUUAUGGUGUUUGGAACACAUUUGCUGGUGGAAUCAGUACACUAGCGACAGAAAGCAGUGCUGGUGCUGGAACCUAUUAUACUGGACAAUCUCCAGACAACUUAUUCGAUGGUUCCCUUAGUACAAAAUAUACUAGUCGAGGUAAUUCAAGUUCUGGAACCAAUGAAUAUGCCGGUCUCAAUACUGGUUUUUAUAUGUCUAUUAUUCAAUGUCAACCAGUACUCAUCGGAUUUCGAUUCGGUAAUGCGUACAAUUAUUCAGAGCGCGAACCGCUUAUGCUUACAAUUGAAGGAACCAACUGUGCUAAUCUAACGACUUGUGUAAAUUGGACAUUAAUUUACAAUGGAUCAGCAGGUCUUGAUACACUAGUAAACAGUUUAGCAUAUGGGCAGUAUCAGUCAAUUUCGAACAGUAAUAGCUACACCAGCUAUCGUUUUCUUAUUACAAGUAAACGAGAUUUAAGUGCAUAUGUUUCAUAUAGUGAAGUGCAAAUCUUUGGCUAUUCAAAUCAAUCGUCAACAAGUCAAAAUGGAACAUCAAGUAGGUUCAAAUACUUUGAGUGCACUUUUUCAUACACAAAGGUAAUUUAAAAAAAUUAGAAAUUCAACAGCAAUUAUAUAGGUUUAUCUGUAGGAUAUUUCUUAUGUGUCAUUGAAAUAUGAGUCGGAAGAGUAUAUUUGCUUGUCAAAUAGCUGUAAAAAAUAAAGUGUUUGUUUGUUUUGUUUUUUUUUCAAAAACGGUUAUGACAAUAUGAUGAUCU